AUGAGGAAAGCUAGGAGCACCUUCAUUCUGCCACAUGGAGAUAAGAACUUACGUUUGGUUUGGUACUCAUGUCGAGAUGGCGAAGUCCAAAAUCUAGCCGCGUUCUGUCCCUCAACUGAUAACACGUCGGAAGGAGAAGACUACAGCCAAUCAGCAAGCAAAGAACUCAUCCUUGAGCUCUUCUCAGCAUAUCACCCUACCCUCCUCCGUUUGAUCAAGAAAGCUGACACAAUCAAGACCUGGCGCCUCCGCAAUCGCACUCCUCUCUCCUCUUACAUCUUCGGAAAGACAAUCCUCAUUGGUGACGCAGCCCAUCCAAUGUUACCCUUCAAUGCUCAAGCCGGAAACUAA